UGUUCCAGAGUGGGCGGCGGAACGCGACGUCACGUCACUCGGUCACGGCUUGCUUGCAGACAAUGGAGACCAGACCACCGAAUUCCGAAUCUCCCACUCUCCGCUCGACCUCUAUAAAUUUCCUUCCCAGUUCAUCCCCGUUCUCUCCAUGCCAAUCUCACCGACACUCGCCUCACACCGGUUCAGUGGCCGUGCGAGCCCUCUUCCCACCGGAUCUCGCAGCCGGCCGGGUGGAGCAUCCACGGCGUGCAGGAGAUCCAGCUGCUCGGGUCCACCGCCACACCACCUUUCCUGGCAAAGAGAUCAAGCUCCGGCACCAGACCUUCGACAUGUGGCGGGGGUCGCUGCUGCUGCUUCUGCUCGCAGCGGCCGCGGCCGCUGAACCGGCAUCCACGCUCAUGGGCCCGUCGCAUGAAGACAGGGGCCACGCGAUGGUCCUGCCGGAGACAGGGCCCCCGGUGCAGCGGUGGGCAACGGGUGUUAGUUUUAACCCUUACUAUUUAUGUAUCUGCAUAUGUAUUUUGGCUUUGCACCUAGGUUAGAAGAUGGUGAUUGAGUAGUUUGCCUCGUGGAUGCGCCCGAGCAGGAGUUCUGUUUCACCAGAGGUGCAAGGCGUGAGUGACAUAAAGUCAGGAAGGUUGGCCUGUGUGGCACUUCCAAUGUUGUAAGCGUAUUUGUUUUAACACAAGAGGAAAACGUCCUGUGUGCA